AUGUCAACCCUGUCUCUCGGCUUGGGCGGGAGUGUGGCCGAGACUCCGCUGGCGACAAAGCGGACUCGGAAACAGGUCUCGCGCGCCUGUGACUGGUGUCGGGCGAGGAGGAUCAAAUGUGACCAUGGACGGCCAUGCAUGGCUUGUCGCCGGAGGGAUGCACCAUGCACGCACGGGGGGGUUGAUCAACUCAGGACACUGCCGCAGGCGUUGAUGGAGGUCGAUAGACUGAAGCUGCGAGUGAAGGAACUGGAGGCUGAACUGGCCAGCAUAAAAUCACCGCAUCAACAUCAACGACAGCCAUCGUCCAUCUCUGCAUUCGGCCAUACACCUGGCCUUUCGACGUCGAGUCCGGACCAUCCACUCUCUUCGCAGGAUGGCUCAUCGCAGGCCUCAGCCCGGCCAGCGUCCUCUCUGACCAGCCCUAACCAGCAACCCUACACACCCCAUUCCAACCCAGAACCCUCCACAAGACAGAGUCCUCGUGUCGGCAGGUGCCGGUCUCCGCGUGCAGACGCGCAUCGAUGCUGGGGAGGCAUUCACUUUGCUACUGCGCGCUCUCCUCACAAGACGUGGUACGGACCGCCAUCCCUGUUCUACUUCAUCAAGCGCAUCACCACAUUCCUGAGCUCUACGCUGCAACAGGCGCAUUCGACCGACGAGAUGCUCUUGCACAACUCGGCAAGCACGUUGUUCAGAGGGCCAACGAGCAUCCCUCUGCUGGACGCAGCUCGUCGGGCCACCCAUUCGACGGAAGAGUUUCCCGCAGCGGGCGACUACCUGAGUCCCACACAGGAGGAAUAUUUCAUCGACCUCUUCUGGCAAUCCUACCACACCACCUUCUUUCCGAUUCUGAACGAGGAGGAAUUCCGGAAGCAUUAUCGGUCCUUGUGGAUGACGUCCGGCAACGCGCGGAAGCCGUCGGCGCUUGUUGACAUUGUUCUGGCGAUGUGCAUGCAGUACGGCGUGUCCAUGCUGCCGGCUGUCAACCAGAAGCCACUCGUGGAUAUUGACGCCUCCGUUGCGGGUCGAUGGUAUUACCGGCGCUGCCAGAUGCUCCUUGCGUACGAACUGGAAGCCCCGACCCUAUCGACGCUGCAAUGCCACAUAUUAUGCUCCUCCUACCUGUGUUGCGGAUCGUUCCAGAACAUGUCGGAUAGCGCCUGUGCCCUUGCCGUACGCAUGGCCUGCAUGCUUGGGCUUCAUCUGGAGCCUCCCGCCUCCAUGCCACGGCCCGAGCGAGAGCUGCGGAAGCGUCUGUGGUGGGUGGUGUACAUCCUGGACGCCAAACACUCCAUGAAACUCGGGCGUCCGUUCCUGAUACAUGAGUCUACUCCUGGACCGAGCUUGCCGGACGACCAAUUCGAGGUUGCAGUCCAGUCCGGAUCCCAUUUUGCCCCUCUCGGGGACAAUAUCACCUGGCUGAGUUUCCUGGUUCAAACCGCGACACUCUUCCAAGAUGUGCGCGCCGCUUACACGGCUUUCUACAGCCGAGAUCUGAAUCUGCGUGAAGGCCAGUCCAUCUGGGAUGACUUACAGGCCAUGGAGUCGCAUGCAGACUUCUUCCAGCCCUAUAUGAGAGACAUUGAGCAGUGGGCAAGCCAGGUCCCUGAUGCUCUCAAAACGAAACGCCGCGACGAAGGCAUCCCCUUUUCUACAGAUGGAUCCAGCUUAGAAAUCGAGCUGUUUGCGCCGCUGUGGAUCCAGCGUCAGCGCCUACUCCUGGAGCUGAUGUAUCAUAAUCUGUGCAUAAACCUCUACCGUCCCUUUAUCUCCUUUGUCUGCUCGCCGAUGCCCACGCUGGCAGAACAGAUGGCGAGAAAGUGUGCCCUCCAUGCCAUGAUGUUAACCCGGAUCUUGCAUCAGGUGCUCUCGUCGUCAUCCAUCUUAGCUGGCUGGCACGAGGUAUUCCAGUGGCAGUGGAAUGCAGCUAUGACCCUGAUAGGCUUCGUCCUUGCCUAUCCACUGGGUCGAUCAACGCCCGAAGCCCGACGAACUGUCGACCUGUCCAUAACAGUGUUUGAUAUCUUUGGCAGCAGCUUUGCCGUUGCAACCACCGCCGCCGACAUUAUGCGCAAGUUGAGCACUAAGAUCGACUCCCUUCUGCAACGGUGUCAAGCCAUACACGCACCUGCAGGGCAAGAGAAUAAUGUGCCUACGGCUCCGACUGUCUCGAACAUUAGGACGCCUGAAGACAGACCAUUGACGUCGGAUACUUUCAUGCCACCCACGGCCUAUGGUACUCCGAAUUUGGACGAUGUAACUGCCGCGUCUAUGCAGGACAUGUUCCAAAUGGCGUUUUCCGUGGAUCACUGGAGCAAUCUGGAUAUGCUCUGGCCUAGUAUGGAUGGGUUUUUCCCCGAGCAAAUUUCGUAA